AUGACUACACUCUUGCAGGCUCCUCUUCCAGGGGCCUCACCUUUCUCCUCAAGCCCUCUUCGAUCAGCCUCAUACUCGGAUCUCGAGGCUGUGAAUAAGUCUCUGUCCUACGACCAGACCUCCCCGCAGAACCAUUCUUACUCUCCUCAUGAUUUCAACAGGAUGUUUUCAGAUUCUACACCCUCAACCGCCCCGUCUUCCCCUCAGCUGACAUAUACGAGUUCGUCCAGGCGGGAUUCGUACUCGUCGACACCCGCCAGCUGCCUUUCGUUAGAGAGAGAUAUUGCUGAGGACGACGAGACCGAGGACGAUGAUAUGGCUUUUCCUGCGUUCGAAAACUCACUCAUACCGCACAAGUCUUACGAAAGCCCCGUAGAACAAGAUGAUGCUGUCUCGCAGGCGCCCAGUCCCGCUCCUACCGACGACGACUUGUCGCUGCCGACCAAAACCAAGGACGAUCAUGCGGUGAAGCCUGAGCCUACUCGGCAUGUCGACUAUUUGUCGCACGAGUGGAAAGAAGAGGAUAUCUGGAAAUCUUGGAGCUAUGUCUCGCACCGGAGGAGGUCAUUAACGAACGGCACCCGCCUGGAGAAUGCCUCUUGGAGGUCAUGGAUGAAGGCUAAGAACAACCUCAAGACAAUCUCGCCAGAAACCCUCAAUUGGCUCAAGGAUUGUGAUGUGACCUGGUUGUACGGUCCAUUGCAAACCAUUCGAAGCAUAGCAACUUCCACGGAACAGACAUCCCCGCCACCCAGCCGGUUGUCACAUUCAUCGUCGUUCAUCUCCAAGAAGCCGAUCCUUAAGAAGAAGUCGGCUUCGGCGGUCAUCCUCGAAAGGUCUAGGUCACAGCGAUCUUUGCUCCAGAGAGCCAGCGACAUCAUUAGAAUUCAGCAGGCGAGCCCGGCCCAUGGUCGCCCUAUACUUCGAAGAGGCAAUUCAGAAUUUACUUUGCCUCGUUAUCCCACCAGCUCGGUCCUCACUACUCCUGCCGAACAAGAAAUGCCCGGCUUCGCGGGACCUCGAUCGUCAUUUGGUUUUGGAGACAUCCCCACUCCAUCCGAGUGCAAGCACGUCCUGUUCGACGAAGAAGUCCGACAAGUACAGGCGGUUGACUCGGAAGAAGAUGACAAAUCUGACGAAGAUGAAGCCACGAGUUUUGACGAGGAAGAUGACGAUGACGUUGGCUUAAUGAUGGCUCCAUCUCGAAUGCCAAGCAAUGGUAGCAACAGGGCGACGCCUCGUGGGAGUUUCAGCAAUGACUCCAAGACAAUAGUGCCGCUUCCAUCAACAACAUUGAAGUAUCGGAGUGACACUCCUGAACCCCAGGAGGCAGCCAAUGGCCAAAUGGGAUUGUGGCCCAGUGGUCGAAAAUUAUCUCCUUCGCCGUCGCAAGAGACUCUAAGACCUGCGAAGCCUUAUCAGAACUUUUUGAUUGACGACGAUCCCGAGGUGACGGACGAGCCAUGGCAGCCUCAAUCAUCCUUGGGAGGAGGCAGGUCUCCUUACGAUGACGACGACGGUGACGAGAACAAUGACCACCCCAAUAUGAGACGGACAGAAUCUGGCAUGUUUAUGCCCUAUGAUGAGAAUGACGAAGAAGCGGUGAUGAACCAUACACUUUUCGGACAGGCCAUGUACGCGGUGAAUACGUUCAAGGAUAUCGCGCAUGUGGUUUGGAACGUGGGAUGGAAUCGACGGUGA